AUGAACGAAGCAGCUCAAGCCGCACAACAAUCCCAUACCUACAACACAGCAGAUUGGUACGACCACCAUGACAUCUACAAGGCAAAGCAAGAACAAGCCAAAGAUCGUGAGAACCGGGUCAAAGAAGCAUCUUCGGGCGUUCUCUGCGUCGUUUGCAACACCUUCAAGGCACUGCCGUGCGUCUACUGCAAGAAUGCGCCUUCUCCCUCCGGAGACCCCGUCCCUUUCGUUUACUACUGCAGCAACACUUGUGCAACUUCCGAUUGGCCGAACCACGAAGCAUACUGUCUAGCAUCCAAAAAUCGCAGGGCGUUGUUUGAAGUAGCGGAGGUGCUACAGGAAAAAUACUACACUGCUUGUGCAAUGGAUCUCCUGGAGGUCUGCCAGACGGGGCUCAACUGCAGCCAGAUGGUGCGCUACGAUAGACAAUCUCUUCAACGACGCAUCGAUGCCAUAUCCGAGAACAGGGAACAAGAUAAAGCUUUCUUGGGGUGCUUCGGUGGUAACAACCCUAUGUUAUUCAGGCGUCGUGAAGUAACAAAGCAUUUUGAAGGUCUAGACAUCGAGAUCCACGAAAUGACUAUCUGUAUGGAGGAUCGUACUCGUCGCUUUUCAUUCGAAGAGCAAGCAAUCUCAAUCAUGGACCAGCACGAAGUCCUGCAAAUCACGAUGAACAACAGUGAGAAGUACGUUCUCGACAUAGCAGGCGCCCAGUUUGGACUCUACGCCCCUAUUGUCCCAUUCCAGCAAUAUGUCGACAGCCACGUUCGCGAGAUAAAAGGUUACAAAGACUUUGUGUACGCAUAG